AUGAAGCCAAGAAGAGGGGAUGUGUUAACUAAACAGCAGACUGAUGAGUUCCAAGAAGCGUUUUGUUUGCUGGACAAGGAUGGAGAUGGUUGCAUCACAUCUGUGGAAUUGGCAACUGCACUCAAAUCCUUGGACCUACAUCCCACAGAGGAAGAACUUCAAAGCAUGAUCAAUGAGGUCGAUAUCGAUGGCAAUGGGACUAUAGAAUUCGGGGAGUUCUUGAGUCUUAUGGCCAGAAAAAUUAAGGAGACUGAACUAGAAGAGGAGUUAAAGGAAGCUUUCAAGGUCAUUGACAAGGAUCAAGAUGGUUAUAUAUCUCCUAAUGAGUUGAAGCGUGUGAUGAUCAAACUGGGAGAAAAGUUAACGGAGGAAGAAUUGGAAGAGAUGAUGAGAGAGGCGGAUCUGGAUGGCGAUGGCCAAAUUAAUUACGAAGAGUUCAUCAGGAUGAUGUUAGCUUUCUGAAAGGACUAACGCGACUGCUCGUGCUUCGUAUGGAUUUUAUAUUUAGCGUUGUAUGGUCAUAAAACAUAACAAACGGAAAGAAAUCUCA